UGGCUAAAUAUACCGCGCAUUGCCCUCCGAUUCACAUCGUCAAAAAAUUUUGGUCUGUGAACUUCGUGCGGAUGAAAUUCCAUUUGAACGCCAGCGAAAAUAUGCAAAAUAAAGUGAAAUACCAGUGCCUCGCGGACGAGGAGCGCUUCAGCGGAGAGUCCUGCAGCCAUUAAAGCCCAGAGAGCACUGAAAGUUCUGGGAAUUUCGCGGGAAAGGUGCGUUUUUCGCUUGGCCUUUCGCAAGCAGGAGAAGAAGAAGCAGGAGCAGCAGAAGCAGCAGUACAAACAACAAAAGUGUAGUUGUGAUCGAAAAUCGAAAGUGUGAAGCAUUUUCUAUAAAUAGUGCAAAAUCAAAACCCAAUUCCCACUGCAAACAAAAGAGCAAUAAAGCAAUAACGAUAGAGCAAUUGCUACAUACAAAGGCUACUACACACAUCUGGAGCAGUCGAGCGAUCUCACAGAGCGCGUGCUCUGCAGCAAGUAGCAGGAUUAUCUGAAGGAGCAGAUCGUUCGUUUGGCCAAGAAGGAUCUGCCAAGAUGUCCUCGCUGGACGCGCGCAACAACUCGGCGAUGAUGAAGCGCGCCGAGCAGCUGAAGCGCUGGGAGGAGUCGGACACCAACCGCGCCGCCCCCACCCCCCGGCACGAGCACGGGCGCAGGAUUAAGUUCAGCUCCGGCUGUGUCUUCCUCGCCGCCUGCCUCUCCGGCGACAAGGACGAGGUCGUCCAGCUGCUCGACCAGGGCGCCGACAUCAACACCGCCAACGUCGAUGGACUCACCGCCCUGCACCAGGCGUGCAUAGACGACAAUCUGGACAUGGUGGAGUUUCUGGUGGAACGAGGUGCCGACAUAAACCGCCAGGAUAACGAGGGCUGGACGCCCCUGCACGCCACUGCCUCCUGCGGAUUUGUGAGCAUAGCUCGGUAUUUGGUGGAAAAUGGCGCUGAUGUGGCCGCUGUGAACAGCGAUGGCGAUCUGGCCUUGGAUUUGGCCAUCGAUGUGCAGCACAUGGCCAUGAUUGACUUCAUGGAGAAGAUGGUGCAGGAGCUAAACAUCAACGUGGAUGAGGCUCGAAAGGCCGAGGAGCAGGCGAUGCUGAACGAUGCCAAAAAGUGGCUGAGAAGCGAUGCCGCCGAGGUGGAUAGACCGCAUCCGAAAACGGGAGCCACAGCCCUACACGUAGCCGCCGCAAAGGGUUACACGAAAGUGCUCGGUCUGCUCCUGGCCGGACGUGGCAAUGUGGAUCGCCAGGAUAACGAUGGCUGGACGCCACUGCACGCGGCAUCGCAUUGGGGUCAACGGGAGACGGCCGAGAUGCUCGUGGAGUCACUGGCCGACAUGGAUAUACGAAACUAUGCCGGGCAGUCAUGCAUCGAUGUGGCCGAUCGCAAAAUAGUCAAAUUCCUGGAAGAACUGCGGGCCAACAAACGCAACAAGCGGCGACCAUCUAGUCAAAUAAGCAGAAUCUCAGAUGCAAUGGAAAAUCAUGUGGACAAGACGCCCACUAAACUGGUGCGCGUUGAAGUGAGAACUGAUGCCACAAAGGAUGCUGCCAGUGGCUCAAGUGAAGCUACCGAAGCUAAUUCUUCGAUUCCAAACGCUGCUGCUGAUGAUAAUGAUGAUGGUGAUAAUGAUGAUGAUGUUGGUGGAGUUGGCGAAGUGGUGGCCAGUGGCCAGAGCGAUACAGAAGAGCUGAGUGAUUCCACGGAAAGCUCACACUUGACCAGCCUCUCCGAGAGCGAAGCUGAGAACGUGAAGCCCAACCAGCAGAUCCACGCCGUCGAGCAUCCAGUCGAGGAGGAGGCGCCAUGGCGACGCAAACUGCCACGCACUCCCAGCGACAGUCCCACUAAUAAUCAAGUUCCUGAUAGAGAGCUCAGCAGCAAUAGCUCGGAGACCGCCAACGACGUCAUUUUGCGGCGCACGCAAAGCUUUGAGAACGAUCAAAAGUUCUAUCAAAAGUACAAUGAGCUGCGGGCACGCAUAAAGGCCAAUUCCUGUCCCAUUUUGCCGGCGAAUGCGAAUGCUAAUGCCGCUGCUGCCAACAAAUCCAAUAACAAUAAUAACCUAAGUAGCAAUAACUAUCAUAAUAACAACAAUAACAACAACAAAAGCGAUCUGCUAUUGGGAUAUGCUGCUGGCACCACAACGACAACAAGCACCCCCACAACAACAACAACAACAUCCAGUACAUUCAACAACACCCACUCGAACACCAACAACACAAGCACAACACAACAACAACCAGUAGCAGCAGCAGCAUCGGCAGCAAAUCAAUUAUAUAGCGUACAAAGAUCGGCCUCACUCAAAGAUAACUCAAUGUAUUACAGGAAACCGACCGUUACGAUUGCCACGCCCACGAGCACAGCAGCCACGGCGAUCAAUUCUCCAUCGACAACUGUACAGACCCCACCAAUUCGCAGCCAAGUUACAGCGAAAUUAGCAGAAAAGAGCAAUAAUGGCAGCUCGUCCACGGCCAGUGUCAGCGAUGCGGAGAGCUCCAAGCCACCGCCCAAACAAUCCGCGAGCAAUAUGAUCAAGAACUUCUUCAAAUCCUUUGUGCCACCGGUGCGUGAUGAAGAGAGCGAAACGCAGCGAAAGGCACAUGCUAAGCGCGUGAGGGAGACUCGCCGGUCCACUCAAGGUGUCACCCUGGACGAGAUCAAGAGUGCCGAGGAGCUGGUUAAGAAGAAGAACAUGGGCAUGGCCAACAACAACAAUAACAACAAUAUCAGCACCACCACCACAAACACGAUCAGCAACAGCGGCAACGAAACAAGCUCUGCAUCAUCGACAUCUGCUCCAACACCAUCGAUCCUCGACACCAAUGAGCAGCAGGACGAACUGCAACCACCGCCACCGCCCACCACACCACCGCCAGCUAUAAUACCCACCACAACAACGGCCACCGAUGAGACGGAGAUUGAGGAGGUGGUGUCCAGUCCUACAGCUGGCCAGAGUCAGAACGAUACCACAGCUAGUUUUACGCUAUCCGCUCCCGUGCGAAGAUCGCUGUCGACCGAGGGCGAAGCCGAUGCCAAUAGUGAUCCGGAGGGUGAUCAGGAUCAGACGGUGGUCAGUGCCAGCUAUACGAUAAUGCCCAGGCGGGACAGGCUUCCCGAAAGCUCCGAUAAUGUAGAGAGCAUAAGAUCGCCACAAAAGACUGACCCAGUUGCCAAAAGUUCCAGCGAGGAGAAGGCCGAGGAGCCAACACAUGUCAGGCCCACAGAUCUGCCACUGAUUCCGGCUCCUGCUGCCCCGAGCACAGAAGCUAUCAAAUCAUCCUCGGCGGCCACCACGCCCGCUGCCCUCGAGAGUCCAGUGCGCUUGCGGGACAAGCGAGGCCUGUCCGGCAGCCAGGAAUCGGAAACGAAGUCCGAUACCGCCUCGCCCGUGUCGUCACAUCCGGACUUCAAUGCCCGGGACUCGCUACUCAGUCUAUACGCCCGACGCACAACGGACAGCAGCGCGGGAGGAGGAGGAGUUGGUGGUGGUGCUGGUGUAGGAGCAGGUGGUGCAAGUGGAGCUGCAUCCUCGUCUUCAACUUCGGCAGCGGAACGGCGUCCGUCUUGGCGCCUGAAAUUCGAUGCCGGCUCCAAGUUCAAGUUGGAGGACAUAACCAGCGGUGGCACAUAUCCGCCCAACAACAGCACCAUCAUACCCAGUGCUCCGGCGGUAAUGGCAGCCGCCAACUUAUCAACCACCACUGGUGUCCAGCGGCGCAUCAGCAGCGGUCCCAAUGCACUAAAUGCUUCCAAUCAGUCGCUCAACUCUGUGGGUCGUCCAGUUUCCGCGCCCAGCGAGGGCACCAACAACAGUGCCUAUGUGACGCCCUCAGUUCGCAAAUUCGAGACGAACGCCACGUCCACGGGGGCGACCACUGCAGCGACCACGACUAGCAACUCAACCUCCAAUUCAGUGUCUGCAACCAGUGCCAAUCAUACAGCGGCUACGGCACCAAAUGCCACGUCAAACCAUGACGAUAAGGAUAAUGAUAAGGAGAACGACAAUCGCACACAGACGGUCAUUCAGAGGCGGCGCAAGCCGAAGCGCAGAUCAACGGGCGUGGUGCACAUCGAUAUGGAUGAACUGGAUCCCGAGCGACAGAACGAAUCGUCCAACAACGACAACGAGGAGAAGGAGAAGGAGAGUGGCAGUGAGCGGACAUCCCGUUCCCGGCUGGGCAGCACCGCGAGUACGGCCACCACCAGCGAGUCAAAGAGCUCCAGCAGCAAUGACAAGACGGAGAAUGGCGAUGGCAUUGACUACAAGGCGCUCUGGGAAGCGGAAAAAUUGGAGAACGAUAAGCUGAGGCAGAUGCUCAAGCAGAAGGACGAUGAAGCCGUCCAGACACGUGCAACGCUCGAGAGAUUCGCCAAUGCCACAACGAAAAAUUCACUAUCUGAACUUGAGAAACGCGAAAGAAGAGCUAUGGAACGCAAGCUUUCCGAGUUGGAAGAAGAGCUCAAGCUAUUGCAGAAGCUAAAGACUGAGAACGAUCGUCUGCGAGCCGAGAAUCGGGCCCUAACGCGGGUCGUCUCCAAGCUGACCACCUCGGCUCAGAGUCAGCUGGCCAAGACCAAAUAGGCGCAGAUCAGAAAAGCAUUUAGAUUGCCCAGCACCAGCCCACAUACACCCCAAAAUUCUCACGCCCCCUUGCUCACAAAGCACAAUGUCGCGAAUAUCGUUUUAUCGUUUCUAUUAGAACUAGAAAAGCAUCGAUGUUUUUGCCAGGACUACAUCGAUAACCAAUAAUCAUCGAUGUUUUUCUUGCUCCUGGUUCGUUACAAUACAAUACUUAACACACUUCGAUGUCGUUAAACAUAUUAUAUGGAUAUUUAAGCAUAACCGAAAUCACAAUAACUAAAUGUAUCGUAGCUAAAUUUAAGUUAACAUUGAGCUCAUUGGCUUUGGACUGGUCACUGGUAAUAUAAAACUUUAACAAUACUAUAUACUACUACUCCCUGGGAGUUACUAUAUACUACGGACCCUUUGAUAGAACCGCAAACUUCAAAAGUAGUUAAUUUUUGAAUAGUAAAAUAUUAAUCACACGGCUUGUUCGUUUUUGGUAAUCUACUAAAUUCGCUAGGUGCAAUUGUUGCGAAUUUGAAAUGUAAUUUAUAUCAAACUAUAUAAUAUGGUAACUACAGACCACUGUACGGUUGAUAAGUACUUAUAAAUCAAAAGUUAGCCCACUCUCGAAUCAAAGUAAAGCUCAUCGAAACCAACGAGAUCAAACAUCAAGUCCCCACCACCAAAAAAGAAAAGAAAAAAAAGAACAGCAUCGGCGAUUAGCGGCCCACGGAUCUGGAGACUUCAUAUAGGGUCUCCAAAAGUCGAUCAUCAGGGAGAGCGAAGUGGUCUAGUUGGUGAUGCUGGAUGCUUAACGGUAAAUGCCCCACCACUGACACUCAAUUGAGCCAUUCUAAGAACCUGCGCCCCAAUAUUAUGAGCUGGCUGUUGUUUUGUUGUUAUACACAUACCACAUAUAAAGAAUAUAAUAAAAUAUAUUUAGCUAUAACUGUAACAUGGAGUGUUUCAAACUGAUGGAGAAUGGUGUAAAUGGCAAACUUUUCAAAAUUUAUUGCGCCUUAAAUAUCAAUUAUUUAAUUUGUUUUAUUAGGAUAAAAAGUAGAGAAUCAAACCAUUGUUGUAAUAAGUGGAUAAGAUAUGAAGCUGCUUUCAAUCAACCAACAUUUUGAAACACUCUUAAUGUACAUAUAAACAAUACUUACUUAAUACUCUACUCUUUAAAUAAUGUCUAUUAAACUAUACUAUGGAUUUAUACCUCUUGUUGUUACUAUUGUUACAAGUUUUAUCUGCCAUUUUGUUUACCCUUCUGUGUGUUUUCAACCACAAGACCAUCGACCGAUUUUGAGUUAUAUAUAUAUACAUGCAUAUAUCUAUAUGAAAUAAACAAAAUUUUGCUCACUGUCGAUCUUA